AUGGGCACCUGUGCUUCGAAGCCAGAGCGGACUCCCUCUGGGAAGAAGGCUUCAAGCAAGCCUUCUCUGUCCCAGCGGGACCCCGACUCCCCCCUUGAGUUCGUGCUAGCCCGUUGGAAUCAACUUCCAGGACAUGCAACCCUUUCUAAGCGAAAAUUGGAAGACCUCUGUCAGGCUUCCUGGCCAAAAGUAACUACUGCUGUAAGACCCAAACUCCGCUGGCCACCGGAGGGAUCCUUUAACGUGGAUCGACUUAAGACUUUAAAGAAGCACUUAAGGGAAGAAAAACCCCGGCAGCUACAAUAUCUAAGUCUCUUUGAAGCCGCCGAGAGAACGGUUCCGGAUUGCUCAGGACGAGGAACUCUGAGGCACCUAGCUGUCUUGAAAUCCAAGGCCCGCCGACUGAGGUCCCAAAGGAACCUGCCGCCACCCCCUCCUUAUGAGGAACCGGCGGAUGACAGCGAUUCCUUCGAUCAGUCACUUUUGCCCUUUUACUACCCAACGGCCACCUCGGAGGACAUUAGCAGUGAGGGUGAAAUUGACGACGAAGUGAGUGGCAGCGAAGGGCAAGGAAGAACAGCCAGGGCUUCAACCUUGGCGCAAAGGGAGAAAAAUAAGAAAGAGUUAAAAACAAAGCCCAAGCCAACGUCAGCAAAUGAUGGGGCUGGUCCCAGCAGCCAAGGGGACGCACAGAUGCCCCUACAAGGGCUGCCCAUCCCUCCUUCCGCCCCUGACGGUCCACCUAGGAUGGUAUACGCUCACCGACCAUUCGCCACCACAGAUCUUGUCACCUGGUGUUUGGAGGUUUUUACCAGGGCAAUCCUAGAGGGGAUCCGGGCAGCCGGGAAACGGGUAGUAAAUUGGACCAAGGUCCAAGCGGUCCAACAAGGACCAAACGAACACCCCUCCGAUUAUUUCAGUAGACUAACAACAGCGAUAAAAACAUGGGGAGGAAUAAACCCAGAGAGUCCUGAACAUGAAAUUAUAGUUAAAGGGUUCUUCAAGGACCAGGCCACCCCAGACAUAAGAAAGGCCCUGAACCUACAGAUAGGAUACGAUGGAAAGCCAAAUGGCGAAAUUCUGUCUAUUGCAAAGACCAUCUUCAACUCCCGAGAUGAGAAAACCAAGCGAGAGGGGUCAGCUGAGGAAGAGAAGGUGUUGGCCCUCAACAUGGAACCUAGAGGGCUACCCCAGGGAUAUGUUGAAUCACCCGCGAUCUUCUCCGCGGUUUUCCACCAAGAUCUACAGGACGUUGCCCUGCCAGGGGGAUCCACCUAUCUCUUGUACGUAGAUGACAUCUUAUUGUGCUCUACUAGUGAGGAAGCAUGCAGAUUGGACACCAAGUACCUACUCAUGGAAUUGGCACAUAAGGGACACAAGGUGUCGCCUAAGAAAUUGCAAUUCUGCAAGCAAGAAGUGAAAUACCUUGGCCACAUCCUAGGGGUUGGCACUAGGAGCCUGGCUACCGACAGGAUUGAGGCAGUCACUAAGAUACCACUACCCCAAACGAAAAGACAGCUCAGGGGAUUCCUAGGGAUGGCUGGAUUCUGUCGAUCAUGGAUAGCAGGUUACGCUGAACUCACCAAGCCCCUGACAGCCAUGACCCGACAGGACCACCCCGAUAAACUUAAAUGGAAUGAGGAAGCCUAUGCCUCCUUUGAACGAAUAAAGCGGGAACUCCGCUCAGCUCCUGCCCUGGGACUCCCGGACUACCGUAUCCCCUUCAAUCUAUAUGUCCAUGAGCAGAUGGGAGUCGCAUCGGGAGUCCUCACACAACCCUUUCGUGAUCGGGAAAGACCAGUAGCCUACUACAGUCUUCAGCUAGAUAACACUGCUAAGGGAACUGUCAACUGCCUCCGCGCUAUAGCUGCAACAGCCACGCUCCUUGAGAAAGCUCAGGAAACUGUAUUGGGACAUGAAAUCACCAUACAUGUACCACAUGCGGUGUCCGUCCUCCUAACAAUGAAGGGCUCGCACCACUUCUCAAACUCGCGACUAAACCGCUAUGAGGCCUUACUUCUGACCCCCUCGAAUGUAACAAUCAAACGAGUUACCUCCCUCAAUCCCGCCACCCUCUUACCACUACCAGAUGAUGGCACCCCACACCAUGAUUGCGCACAGAUAGUUCGACAGGCAGAAAAACCCCGAGAGGAUUUAGAUCACCUCCCCCUGCCAAAUCCGGACUUAAUUCUGUACACCGAUGGCAGCUCAAGAAUCGUAGAUGGGGAAAGGAAGUCGGGGUACGCAGUGGUCUCAGAUUUUGAAAUAAUAGAAGCCAACCCGAUCAAUCCACAGUAUAGUGCCCAAGCGGCCGAGCUCGUAGCCCUCAUCAGAGCCUGUGAAAUUAGUGAAGGGAAGCGGGCCACCAUUUACACAGACAGCAAGUAUUGUUUCGGCUUAGUCCACACCACGGGACAAAUCUGGCUCCAAAGAGGCUUCCUAACAGCAGCUGGUUCCCAAAUAUCCCACGCCACCCUUGUCGAGAGGCUCCUGAACGCUAUUCACCUACCGGAGGCGAUAGCUGUUGUGCAUUGCAAAGCACACACGAGGGGGAGGGAUCCCAUAUCCAAAGGGAAUAGCCGGGCAGAUAGAGCGGCCCAAAUGGCUGCACUCCAACCUCCUCUAGAGGGAAUGGACUUUCAAUGCAUCCAACUUCCAGCUGAUUUAGACCUGAGAAAUAUUUAUGAGACUAUAACUGAUGAAGAACUGGCAAAGUGGAUCUCCAUCGGUGCGUCCGAAACCGAAGGAAUUUGGACUUUGCCUGAUGGUAGAAUAAUUUUACCCAAGGCUUGGACGCCAAAGUUCGCGAGGAUACUCCACCAACAAACCCACUGGGGAAAGGGGAAGAUAACUGACUUCAUUCAAAGGUACUGCUAUGCGCCGGGGACUGCAGCCGCGGCCGCAGCAGCCACCAAGAAUUGUGUCACUUGCCAAAACUUUAACCCGAAGCGAGAACCUAAACGACCCCCAGGAGCCAGACCUUGGGCUUUCGUCCCCUUUGAAACCCUGCAAUUGGACUUUAUUGAUCUUCCACCAUGCCAGGGAUUCAAGCACGCUCUAAUCAUUGUAGACAAAUUCUCCCAUUGGGUAGAGGGAUUUCCUACCCGACGGGCGACAGCCUCUGUAGUCGCUAGAACUCUGAUUCAAGAAAUCAUACCUAGAUAUGGAAUUCCCCGUAAACUAGACAGUGAUCAAGGAACCCAUUUCACUGCAGAGGUGGCCCAACAUGUCGCCCAGGCGCUCGGAAUCAAGUGGGAACUACACACCCCUUAUCACCCUGAGUCUUCUGGCCAAGUAGAACGCAUGAACCAAGAAAUUAAAUUACAACUUGGAAAACUCUGCAGUGAAAUGGGACUGAAGUGGGUGAACGCCCUACCUCUGGUUCUACAUAACAUUAGGUGCGCUCCCACGAGAGCCCUAAAACUAUCCCCAUAUGAGCUCCUAUUCGGGAGACCGCCACCAGUCUAUACAACACAAUUCCCGCUUGCUGAGUUGGAUACAGGGGAAGCGGAACUCACAACAUAUGUCAUCCAACUUCAGAAACAAUUACAGCGACUCCAUGCCUACGCUGCUGUAGAGGCUACCAUGCCAUUAUCAGACCAGUGCUCCGGUCUGCAGACAGACUAUCAUUUUCUCGAUUACCAUACCGCAGACCUUGGAGGCAACCAGAAUCCGGACCGAGUGGGCGACUUCAAUUUUUGUCUCCCUGAAUCCCGAACCCUUCUUCACCACUCCUUGGUCCCUAGACUCAGUGGAACCCAAUACUGGGAACUCUUCAUACGGGACCGACAAUACCAGCGCAUUGGAUCUGCAAAUCUUACCAUGGAACAGCAAUACUACCGACUUCGCUGCACCAACGGGUCGUACCUCCUCUACGGGCAAGGGGACACCCUCCGCCACCCGAAUUGGACUGAGAUGGAGCGGGGAGGUGCCAACCCCGUUUACACUGACAACCACCACCCGUCGGAAAAUUUGAUAUUCGGGUUCCAGUGCCUCCUCUUGACCCCGAAACCAGAGAAGCCCCAGUUACAAGGAAUUUUACCCGUCACCCUAGAGCAAUUUCGCUCCGGGGAUAUGACGUCCUGGAAUCUUACCGCUAUGAACCUUACUCAUCAGUACCUGUACCUCACGGGUCCAACUAAGGGUCCCCUCUGUCGACUUUUCACCGGUGAUGGAGCCCACAUAGGUACCAGCACCUGCACCACCAACAUCAAACUCCAUACCUCCGGGCAGGCAAUUGCAAUCGCUCUGCAGAGCCUGGCUCAGCUAGCUCUGCACGCUCGAGUGAGCCGCUGA